AUGGAGUCAUCUUUUCCAUUUGGAGUGACUCUUGCUGUCCUGGCCUCCCUCAUUAUUGCUGCCAAUGCACUAGUGGCUGUGGCUGUGCUGUUGCUGAUCCACAAGAAUGAUGGUGUUGGUCUCUGCUUCACCUUGAAUCUGGCUGUAGCCGACACCUUGCUUGGUGUGGCCAUCUCUGGCCUAGUCACAGACCAGCUCUCCAGCCCACCUCGGCCCACACAGAAGACCCUAUGCAGCCUUCGGAUGGCAUUUGUUACUUCUUCCGCAGCUGCCUCUGUCCUCACAGUCAUGCUGAUUGCCUUUGACAGGUACCUUGCCAUCAAGCAGCCCCUCCGCUACUUCCAGAUAAUGAACGGGCUCAUGGCUGGGUCCUGCAUUGCCGGGCUGUGGUUGGUGUCUUACCUUAUUGGCUUCCUCCCACUUGGAGUCCCCAUAUUUCAGCAGACUACCUACCAGGGUCCCUGCAGCUUCUUCGCUGUGUUUCACCCACGCUUUGUGCUGACCCUCUCCUGCGUUGGCUUCUUCCCAGCCCUGCUCCUCUUUGUCUUCUUCUACUGUGAUAUGCUCAAGAUUGCCUCCAUGCACAGCCAGCAGAUCCGAAAGAUGGAACAAGCAGGAGCCAUGGCCGGAGCAUACCGGCCUCCUCGGACUCCCAGCGACUUCAAGGCUGUCCGCACUGUGGCUGUUCUCAUUGGGAGCUUCACUCUGUCCUGGACCCCAUUCCUUAUCACUGGCAUUGUGCAGGUGGCCUGCCAGAAGUGCUACCUCUACCUGGUGCUGGAACAGUACCUGUGGCUGCUCGGUGUGGGCAACUCCCUGCUCAACCCACUCAUCUAUGCCUACUGGCAGAAGGAGGUGCGGCAGCAGCUCUACCAGAUGGCCCUGGGAGUGAAGAAAGGGCUCACCUCAUUCCUUCUUCUUCUCUCAGCCAGGGAUGGUGGCCCAGAGGGGCCCAGGGAAAGUUCCUGUCCUAUCACCACUAUCUCCCACUCACAGCUUCAUGGCGAAGAUGGUAAGGGCAGAGAAGUUUCAAAGUGA